AUGGGGGGGGGGGUCGUGGACGGACGAGAUGGGGGCUUUGAGGACCCUCGGGGCGGAACCCCCAAAGCGGUCCCCGCAGAUCUAGGGGAGGCCUUGAGGCUGGCCCCGCCUCACGGACCCCACGCGGGUCUCCAGUCGUGUGGGGGGGUGGCGCUGCGGGCGCGGGCGGGCGCCGCGCGCACUGCGGUCUCCGCGCAUCCGCCGCAGAGCGCGCCCCGCUCCGCACGCACCUGCCACCGCGCCCGCCCGCCCGCCCGCCCGCGCCCCAGCCGCCCCCCGCGCCCCGCCAUCGCCGAGGUCGCCGCCGGAGCCGCCGAGCCGGGCAGCACCGAACCGAACCGAACCGAGCCGAACCGAGCGAGCGAGCGAGCCUGGCCGGGCGCGGGUGCCGCCGCAUCGGGCCUGCGCCUGGACGAGCUCUGCAAGGCGGCGGCGGCGCGGCGCGCGGCCGGGGACGCCAGGCUGGGGCAGCUCGGGCCUGCUCCAGGCCUCUCCGCCUCUCCAGCCUCCCGGCUCCUCUUCGUGCGGCCCCGGCGCAGGCUAGCUGCCUUCCUUGGGCACCCUGUCCUGGACCCAUGGCGCCCGCCUAGCCCCUGCCUGCCCGGAUGGCCCGGCCCGGGCGCUGCUGACCGCGGCUGCAGGGGGCCCGGCGCCCCCCACGCCCCCUCGCCAGCCGCGCCGGCUGGAGACCCUGGGUGA